AUGAGGAAGAAUGUUGAGCCUUCAUCAGCAAUAUAUGACCCUCUAGCACCUGUUGAUCCGAUUUUAUUGGAUAAACUUAUGCAACACAUCUCCAGAAUUCCAGCCGAAACACCAGCACCAGCAAAGAAAAGAGUUGUAAGAUCCGACGCUCAUGAGGGUGACUUCUACGGCAUACUCAUCCUUGAAAGACCGUGGCCGCAUAGCCAAUAUGGAUGGUUGUUUGAUAAUCAUAUCUCUGCGUAUAUUAACGUCCUCAUUAAGAGGUCCAUGAGAGAUCCCACCCCAUUCUGGACCAAGCGCAUUGCCUUCAUUGAUCCUUGGUUCUUGAGUAAGUGGGUUGACGAUUACAAGCAGUUCAAGAUAAAACCUAAUAUGAUGAAGUUCACAGCGAAUGGUUAUGAAAAUCUUGUACACGGUAAGCGACCUUCUAACUUUCAAACAAACUUGAAGUGGUAUGAACACGUGGAUCACUUGUACGGAUGUCUUCAAACCGGCGGAAAUCACUGGGUGGCUUUUCACGUGGAUCUGAAGAAGGAGAAGGUUGAUUGCUAUGAUUCAAUCAUUGGAGAGGUAACAGCCAAAAGUGAGAAGAAAAUGCUUGAUUCAUUUAAACCGGUAACGCUUAUGCUUCCCGAGAUUUUGAAUCAAAACAUCCCUGCCAAUCUCCGAACUCCGAGUAGGAAGAAGUUCGCAUUCAGGAGGAGGAGCAAAAUGUACACUCCACAAAACACCCAGACUGGCGAUUGUGGGGUGUAUGCGUUGAAGUUUGUGGAGUGUCUAGCGCUUGGUGUAAGUUUUGAUGGGAUAAACGAUAAAAAUAUUCAAGGUUUACGGUUGAAGAUGGCGGCAAAAAUCCUCGAUGAAGGAGGAAACACAGCGAAUAACAAUUAG